CAAUGCAUGAAGAACAAUGUUUUCUCCUCGUUGUAAAGGCGCCUUUGAUAGAGUGGUCAAUGUCCAUGACCACUCUAUCAUUGCGUAAAGGUUUGGGCCAAGCCGACUUUGCAGCUGAAGCUCCCUGUGAUUGGUGGGAAAGCCUGACAUGGAUGACGUCACUCACUUUUGGCUGCGUUAGUCAGAAGUGCACGCGGCCAUACAUACAAGCCACGUCAUGCCGAUCACUGUUUUGAAAGUUAUUAUUGUUUAUAUAAACGUAAUCGGCUUUUGCUGCUGCUUUCGUAACGAUGCGAGUCCUACGGGGAAGACAGCAGACAUACCAGCAAUCGCCAAAUAUUUCAGCACCAAAGGGAGGUAUGAGGAAGUGAACCCGUAUCUCAUAGACGACAUACUUGCUGUAAACAGAUCGAUCCUGCAGCCUCCAUCUGCACAAUGUCGCCAGAUUCAUCUGACCGCCGUCAUAAGACACGGAACAAGAUACCCGACCACCAAAAAUGUCAAGAAGAUGCAGAAGUUGUACGACCUGGUCAAGAGCAGCGCUGCAGGCAAAGACAGCUGGCUGCGUGAGAUCCAGACCCAGUGGACGAUGUGGUACACUGAGGACAUGGAUGGCAGACUCGUCCAGAAAGGAGUGAACGAUCACAAGCAUUUGGCCGUGAGGCUGUCAAAGCUGUUCCCCUCACUGAUUUCAGAGGAGAAGCUCCGAGGUGGAUUCAUCAAAUUCAUAACCAGCUCAAAGCACAGAUGUGUCAACAGCACACUGUCCUUCAAGGCAGGACUGACAAAGCUGUGGGGUAUUACAGAUCAGGAGUUUGACCAUACAGUGAACGAUGCUCUCAUGAGGUUUUUUGACAAGUGCACCAAGUUUGUGGAGGAAGUUGAAAACAACUUGUCAGCUUUGGUAGAGGUGGACAAGUUCAAGCAGGGACCAGAGAUGAGGAGGGUCCAGGAGAAGAUCGCAGACCGCCUCAGAGUCCCAUACAGUCUCAUCACAGACGAUAUGGCUGAAGCUGCAUUUUACUUGUGUGCUUAUGAGUUUGCCAUCAACACUGUGAACUCUCCCUGGUGUCGGCUCUUCGAUGAGGUCGAUGGACAGGUUAUGGAGUAUGCAAAUGACUUGAAACAUUACUGGAAAAGAGCCUACGGUUAUGAUAUUAACAGCAAGUCGAGUUGCAUCCUCUUCCAUGAUUUGUUUAGUCGACUGGACAAAGCAGCCAACGAGUCAGGCCAGCAGGUGACUGAAGCUGUCACAAUCCAGGUGGGCCAUGCAGAGACCCUCCUGCCACUGCUUACCCUCCUGGGCUUCUCCAAGGACAGUGAUCCCCUGACAUCCACCAACUACGCUUCACAGACCGGACGCUCCUUCCGCACCAGCUACAUGUUACCCUAUGCAGCUAACUUAGUCCUGGUGCUGUAUGAUUGUGGAGGAGGUGACCUGAGACUGCAGCCACUGCUCAACGAGAAGCCUGUGGCUUUCCCCGGUUUGACUGACCAGAAGGACCCCAUGCCGCUCUAUCAGGAUGUCAAAGAUCACUACAGGGAACUGCUCCGAGGCUGUGACUUUGAGACUGUGUGUCAGCUUUUUAAGCAUACUGCUGAAGUUUAGGCAGACGUAGCAGAUUCUGGAAAAGAAGGUUUUAUUGUGUUUUAUUUGCAAAAUGGAGUGAUAUGAUGGCCCUUAAUGGGAUCAUCUGAUCAGUCUGAACAUUUCCCCUGCAUAAACCAUGAACAUAUCAGUUUGCAUUUUUCACUUCCUUUAUACCUGAGAAAAUGUGUAUUGGUAUCUCUGAAACAUGCUAUGAUCCCAGCCUUUGAAUUUAACUUCAAGUUUACCUAAACCAUUACAGUGUUACAACUUUUGUAUUGCUCAUUUGCGAGGUUUCUUUUCAUCAACAGAAAAGCAAUUAAAGAAUGUAUUUUUGCUGUG